AUCUCUCUCUUUCUUCAAGUAAACGAUUCCUUUUCUUAUUAAACUCUCUGAAUUAUAAACCCUAGAAAGUUUCCCUUUUUCUAACUGAGUUAAUUUAUCUUGGUUUCUGGAAUUCUAAGUCUUGAUCUGCUCUGAACUCACCUGGGUUAUUCAAACUUUUUUGGGGUUAGAGAUUUUGCGUAAAUUUAUUUUGGUUUUCGCUGAGGCAAAACAUCGAACACCUUGUAUGCAUUUUUCUUAUUGAAAUUGCUGGAAGUGGAUUCUGUUUGAUUGGAGAUUGGUGUGAUUUAGUAUCCAAUCUUACACAAAAUUAUUCUUUUAGAUUGUAGUCUUUCUGCUUGGAAUAUUGUCAGAGAAUUUGUUCUAAUUCGAUUUUAGCUGAUGGGUUUAAUUUGGGUAUUGAUUUGAAACUAUGGUGCUCAUUUUUGACUCAUGAACAUCAAGUUUUGGAUUUCGGAUUCUGGGUAUUGAUAUUUUUUUGGGGUUAAUGUGAAUGAGAUUGAGCAUUUUGAUCAUUAGGGUAUGAUUGGUAUUGUGGGAUAUUGGUUAUUGUGGUUGAAUUGUGGGUUCUUAUGAUCAGUGUUCAUUUGGUGAUUUUCGCGGUACAGGAGGUUUGGUCUGUGUUUGUUUAUAAUGAUGAUGGAUGAAAUUCAAGGUGGUUCAAAUGCUUUGCCUCCUUUCCUUACAAAGACUUAUGAAAUGGUGGAUGAUCCCACCACUGACUCCAUUGUUUCGUGGAGUUCGACUAAUAAGAGCUUUAUUGUGUUGAAUCCCCCUGAGUUUUCCAGGGUUUUGUUACCUAGGUUCUUCAAACACAACAAUUUCUCAAGCUUCAUUAGGCAGUUGAACACUUAUGGUUUCAGGAAGGUGGAUCCUGAGCAAUGGGAGUUUGCCAAUGACGAUUUUAUAAGAGGGCAAUCACAUCUUCUGAAAAAUAUACACAGACGCAAGCCGGUUCACAGUCACUCGUUGACUAAUCUUCAUGGACAGGUGAACUCGAAUCCAUUAACUGAUUCCGAGAGGCAGAAAUACAAAGAUGAUAUUGAGCGACUGAAACAUGAGCGGGAAUAUCUCCUGGCGGAGUCCCAAAGGCAAAGGCAGGAGGAGCAGGUUUUAGAGUCUCAAGUGCAGCUUGUGAAAGAGCGCAUGGAGUAUAUGGAAAAGCGGCAGCAUAAGUUUGUUUCAUUCUUUGCUCAGAAAUUGAAGAAACCCGAGCUUGCUUUUGCUGUGCCUCAAGUAGAUAACCAUGAUAGAAAGAGAAGGGUGUCUUCUAGGCCCGACUACUUACAUGAUGAAACAAUCAACGAGGAUAGCAUGGGUGCUUUGAGAAUAUCAAGGAGAGGAAGUCCUGAUGAUUCUUCUGGUUUAGACCUCGACACUGAUCUGUUGGAGAGGAUGGAAUCAUCUUUGACGUUUUGGGAAAAUGUGGCUGAGGAUAUCGAGGUUCUAUGUGCGCAGAGAAAUUCAUCCAUUGAGCUUGCUGAGUCCACUACUUGUGUAGAGAGUCCAGCAAUAUCUUAUACACAACUGAAUCUUGAUCUUCCGUCUAGUUCAUCAAGAAUUGACGUGAAUUCUGAACCUCCUGUCACAGCUAGCAUAGUUGCUCCUGAUCCACCCCAACCACGGAAGGAGCAAGAAGCUGGAAAUGCUCCUGCAGCGCCACAGGGUGUAAAUGAUAUGUUCUGGGAACAAUUUUUGACUGAAAAUCCGGGUUCAUCUGAUGUACAGGAAGUUCAGUCUGAAAGAAAGGAAUCCGGAUUGAAAGAGAAAGACAGCAGAUUGAUAGAUCAUGGGAGAUAUUGGUUACACAAUCUUCCGGAACACAUUGAGCAGCUUACUUCAGCAGGCAGGAGCUAAUACCUUCUGAUCAUUUUUGACUUUGAUGAUUUAGGGUUGAAUGUAAAUAUAGGUAAGCUUGUUCCUGAUACUUUUGUAUUAAUAGAAGUCAAUAUGCUAUUGUAAAAUUAUAAUGCUGGAGAUUGCCCAUUUUACACUAACACUCUAUAGACGUAUAAGAUUUUCUCGGCAUGAUUACCUUUGAAACGAUUAUUAUCCAUUUUCUUUGGAGUA